UGAAAUCUGUAAACUCAACAUUUGUGCAACUGGAUCUCUCAGCCUGGAGUUCGGGUGGAUGUCCUAUCAAAUUCUACACAGUGAAAUAUCGAAUGAAUGGACAUACUGAAUGGGUGGAAGUUUCAAAUAACGUUGAUGGAAAUAUGACGUCUUUUACGGUUCGAGACCUACGCUCAGCCACAUGGUAUUGGAUGAAAUUGACUGCACACAACGAAGCAGGUUCCACAGAAAGUUUAUUUAACUUUGGAACACUUACUUACAGCGGAAGUACAAUCCGCCCAUUAUUUGUGGUACAUCGUAAAGAAGGUAAAUUCUAUGAGAAGAUAUAUGUCAUGUUACCCCUGUGCACAGGAAUUGUCCUCAUUCUAGUUGCUGCCGUGGCUGUCCUUCUGUGGUGCCGGAGACGCAGUGAAAGACUUCGGUUUAAAGAAACGGCUUCAAACCUACGUCGGGACAUCACAGCGGAGACAUCAUUAAUGAACGACUUGGACAAGCGAUUGAACCUUGACAUGGACUGUGGAGGAGGUAUGCCGGACUCGUUCUGCAAACGCAAUCUAAGUUUACUGACUUCUGCAACGCUGCCGGAAUUGAUGGCUAACAAUGGCAGAGCGAAUGGGUCGGCAGGCAGCGAGCAUACCUCAUGGUUGUUUCAUACAGCCUAUCCAUCAUGGGAUGGAGGCAAGAAUUCCGGUGACAUCUCUUAUGCCCCGAAUCGAGCAGGUAUCGCAGUACAUCCCUGGUCCUCGCCGUACGCUGCGACUCUCUCUACUCGUUAUGCCAGUAACACCGCCCCUAAAACAGUCACAUCCUACAAAACAAAGCCGUAUUCCAGUAAUGUUUACGACACCACCGCGCCCUACGCAUCGGUUUCAGUCGACGCAUUAGACGACACAAACCCUUAUGCCACCAUUAAUCAACUAAGCAUCACUAUCAACCCAUCAAAACCAGGGCUUCAUGCGAACUCUCAGUCUUCCGAUGAGGAUACAGUGGGUUUAGAAAAGGCUGCUGCUCAAAGACAGUUAUAA